GGCGGACAUAUUACUUGCGAAAACAGAAUUUUCCCAGCCCCCUCUGAAAAUUAGUAGCAAAACACCACCAAAAAAUCAAAAUAUCUGCAUUUCUCUAGAAUCAUUCAAUAUCAUCCAAUACAUGUCUUUUUCAAUCAAAUAUCAUUCAAAUACACGUCUUUCUUACCUUUAUCAUCAAUAUGUCACCUCAACUCUGUGAUUUCACUAUCAACAAGAUUGUACAUCUUCUUAAGAAUGAUUAUAUGCCUGCUGAGAUCGCGCGAAGCAUUGAGUAUCAUCUGUGUAUAUUGAAUUCAAUGAAAUCUUCACUGUUUUGAAACUGCUAGAGAACUCUGUUCAAUAUAUGAUAUAAAGUCAAAGAUCAUAUCAGAUAUCUCUUCAAUUCUGAAGAGAUUUGAUGGAGAUUUUGAAGCUUUUUUGUAUCAUGCAGUUGAGAACUUCAUAAGAGAAAAAGAUAUAAAAGAAUAUUUCAGAUCUACUUAUAUAGAAUAGUAUUAUAAUAAUUAGAAAGAUUCAGAUUACAAUUCAUUAUAAUAUAAAUUUAGAAGUGAAAGCAGUAUGAGAUCUGUUCUUAUCACUAUAAAUAGUGAAUAAAGAUGAUUUGAAUUUCUGCAAUUUUGUCUGUUAUAAUGAACUUUUUAACCCAUCUCUUAUAAUUUGAAAUAUACUCUUGUCAAUAUUCAUAUGAAGCAACUGUUCCCUUGUCAAUCAAUUGAAGUAUUCAUCAAAUUAAGGUAUUGGACUGCUUUGAAUUGGAGAUGGAACAGUGGAUUCAAUGGAAGAUUCAACGGCGGAUUCGAUGGAAGAUUUCAAUGGCGGAUUCGAUGGAAGAUUCAACGGCGGAUUCGAUGGAAGAUUUCAACGGCGGAUUCGAUGGAAGAUUUCAACAGUUGUAUUCGAUGGAAGAUUCAAUGGCGGAUUCGAUGGAAGAUUCAAUGGCGGAUUCGAUGGAAGAUUUCAACAGUGUAUUCGAUGGAAGAUUCAACGGCGGAUUCGAUGGAAGAUUUCAACAGUGUAUUCGAUGGAAGAUUCAACAGUGGAUUCGAUGGAAGAUUCAACAGUGUAUUCGAUGGAUAUUCGAUGGAAGAUUCAACGGCGGAUUUGAUGGAAGAUUCAACGGCGGAUUCGAUGGAAGAUUUCAACAGUGUAUUCGAUGGAAGAUUCAACGGUGGAUUCGAUGGAAGAUUUCAACGGUGGAUUCGAUGGAAGAUUCAACGGCGGAUUUGAUGGAAGAUUUCAACAGUGUAUUCGAUGGAAGAUUCAAUGGCGGAUUCGAUGGAAGAUUCAACGGCGGAUUUGAUGGAAGAUUUCAACAGUGUAUUCGAUGGAAGAUUCAAUGGCGGAUUCGAUGGAAGAUUCAACGGCGGAUUCGAUGGAAGAUUUCAACAGUGUAUUCAAUGGAAGAUUCAACGGCGGAUUCGAUGGAAGAUUUCAACAGUGUAUUCGAUGGAAGAUUCAACGGUGGAUUCGAUGGAAGAUUCAACAGUGUAUUCGAUGGAUAUUCGAUGGAAGAUUCAACGGCGGAUUUGAUGGAAGAUUCAAUGGCGGAUUCGAUGGAAGAUUUCAACAGUGUAUUCGAUGGAAGAUUCAACAGUGGAUUCGAUGGAAGAUUUCAACAGUGGAUUCGAUGGAAGAUUCAAUGGUGGAUUCGAUGGAAGAUUUCAACAGUGUAUUUGAUGGAAGAUUCAACGGUGGAUUCGAUGGAAGAUUCAACAGUGUAUUUGAUGGAUAUUCGAUGGAAGAUUCAACGGUGGAUUUGAUGGAAGAUUCAACAGCAGAUCUGAAUGUGAAUGAUAAUGAGAUUGUGAAUUCAGUUCUUCUAUUCCUUUCA